CAAUCACCUGACCCACAUCCAAAGACAUUCGACUAAGCUUCACAUAUAUGUACGUUGCGUAAAAAAAAAGGAAAACCAACUGAAAAUCGACACAUUUACAAAGGAACAUAGUGAGAAUAAUUAUAAGCAGGUGCGCGAUGCCGAUGUACGACCUUGUUAUGUUUUUGGUAAUGCAUAACCUCCUUUUUUGCUGAUGGAUUACUUGCCGGAUUUGCUGCGGGUCUGUUACCCCGAUUCAAAAAUGGCGAAGGGCGUAAAGUGUGGUCGGGCCAAGGCAACUGACAUCUCGAAGGAACUUGCUAAAAAGGCAAAGAAGAGGAUAAAGAGUGCGCUAUGAGAAACCAAAUCUUCUUUAAUUGCAAAUAACAGCACGCGCAUUUAAAAAUGGAAAAUUAUCUUAAAUUGCAAGAUUUUGAUGAGGAUUUUGACGAAUUGGAGGGAAAAUUAACGGAGUAUAGGCCAUUGCCAAUAUUAAAGAAAUCGCCGUCGGUUUGGGCCUAUCAACGGCAUGGGUGUUUUUGGGAGCGCGAUGUUCUUGGAAGCAACGAAUCUACUUUUGUAGAACAUUUUGGAAUGAAUAGGGAGGAGUUUGGCAUCCUUGUGGAACGCCUUUGUGGAUUGGCCCAAAAAGACACCGCAUUUGGAAAGGCCAUUCCUCUCGAUAAGCGGGUUGCAAUCACAUUAUAUACCUUAGGAUCUUCUGCGGAGUAUCGGACAGUGGGCACGUUGUUUGGUGUGUCGAAAGCAAUGGUCUGCAAAUUAUUGCUAGAAUUUUGCCAUGAGACCUGUGGAGCUCUGUCUUCCGAAUAA